CGUUUUGUCAUGCGUUGACGCUUUAAAUUCUUUAUGGUGAGAGGACACGCGAAACGAGUUCUAAUUAGUCAUCCCUGUAUUUAUUUUUUAACAGCUGAUUUGAUUUGUUAUUUACCGCUGUUCUCCAGCGAAAGUUAACAAGCAUGGACAAACAAAGCAUAUUAUCAAGUGAAAACUUUAAAUGCAGUGUCAGUUCGGUAUUAAAUAAGGAUACAAAACAACACGGGAAACAGUUUUUGUACGAUGGACAAGAUGACACAGCAUGGAGUUCAAAUGAGGGUUCACCACAAUACAUAUCUAUAGAAUUUGAAAAUUUGCAAAGUAUUUCCUCGUUCAGUUUGCAAUUUCAAGGCGGAUUUGCAUCUAAGGAAGGCAGAAUUGAAAUCCAAAGGGAAAAAGAUGAAACAGGCGGUAGUACCGCAUAUGAUCAAACCUUCUACGCUGAUGAUGUCAAUUCUGUACAAUGUUUCAAGCUGGAAGAACCACAGACGCGAGUGAGAAGAGUAAAAUUCGUGUUUAAUACAAGCACUGAUUUUUUUGGCCGCAUUAUAGUGUAUAGCCUAAAAAUUUUUAAGUAAAAACUUUUGUACAUUUUGAGCAUGUUUUUGGUACAUAUUAAAAGAUCCUCAUUAACCUUUA